AUGCAUCAAUCCGGUGUCACACACCUAUUCACUUUCCUCGGUCUUCUCCUUCUCGGCUUCGUCAAUCUGUCAGCCGCCUCCCCGAUCUCCGGCAUCGUUGCUAAUACUACCUCUCAACUCGUGCGUCAGCUAUCCAAGCUCGUCAAGAAAGAGCGAGGAGAAAUCUUCGCCCGAGGAGAUGACAUCUACGAAACCCAAUAUCCGUGCACCGAUGAACCAAACUGCGUACUCAAACUCCCAGUAUGCAUGGCCAACUAUGAUGACUCAAGAAUGUGCACGAUAAGCUACACUACGAAAGAGGACUGGGGCUUCGCAGCUCUCGAGCUCUGGGACAAUAACUGCCAAUCCCUCGGAGCCUUCGACGGCAACAUUACGUACGACAAAUUGCAGCAACAGCCCCAGGGCUACGCUCUCCACUCCCGGCUUCCCUACGCUGUCAAUGUCCAGAUCAUAGGCAACGCCACAAACGCCAUCGACAGGAACUUCUGGAUUAAGCUCUGGAAUGCAGACUCCGGAUUGCAGAUCUGGGACAGUACGCAGUACAGGAGCUGGGGAGCCCAGUAUAAUCUCGGAGGGUACAGUGGCGUAAGGCUGCCAUUCCAGUGCCAUAAACAGGCUGUCAAGCGCCUGGACGAAGAGCGCAGCGAAUCGGUUAAUGUAUCCACGCUCGAGCCAGAACGAAGCUCAUUAAUCGUCGCCCGUGACGACAUGCACUACGAAAUCUAUCCCUGCAGCCACAGUACGGGAUGCGCACAUGCGAUCGGAACCUGCAUGACUAACUAUGGUGACUCAAGCAUGUGCACGCUGGCAUAUGUCACCCACGACGACUGGGGCUUUGCGCAGCUCUGGCUCUACGACAAUGGCUGCAACAAGAUUGGUUACAACCAUUAUGUGCCAUAUGGAUACUUCAAAAUGCAGCCCCAAGGUUACGCUCUCGGUUCCCAGCUCCCUUGGACAGUCGAUAUCCAAAUCCCAGGGGACCCCUCGAGCCCAGGGGGCGGCAACUUCAACCCCUACAUCUGGUAUGCCGGCUUCGGGAUGAGGGAGCCGCUGGUCGAUCUGACGUAGCUCGAUUGGGCGCCAAUGUAUCUUAACGAUGGAUACAAAACUGCAGGCCUGCCGUUUCAGUGUCGCUGAGAAAGGGUGGCGGAGGGAGGAGCUCGAUGUUUUUUUUGGGGGGGGGCGCUGGAUCAGUCGGUGGGGUUGAGAGUUUUGCAUUGAUUCUAUAGAAUGCACUCCAAUUUGAAUGCUUCAAUAUGCUGCAAUUAUAGAUUCGGCAACAUGGGGAUGGGGAAAUGGGGAUGCGAACAGAACAUGGAAGGAACUGCCAACCUGGGAAUGGGAAUACUGGAAAGGGGAUAUGGAGAUCUCUUCGCUGAUUUAAACAUGACAAACACUUGCAGAUAGAUGAAUUCCGAAGCG